AUUCGUCGGUAACAGCAGGGAGGAUUCAUGUGUUUGGUACUGAGUGUGUUCAGCUCGUUUGUCACAUUGUGAAAGAGUCGAAGAGAAAGAUGUCUGGAACACGUACACUCUGCUGCCAUGUCAACACGGCGACCCUCUCGUUUGCCAUCUUAUACCUGACUUUUAAUGUGCUGAAACUGGUGGGCAUCUUUUAUACGGUUUCAUGGGAGAAACUGGAAUAUUCUGUCCCUUUCAUAUCAAAGGCUCCCAGGGGCCAGCGUGUCUUUGACAUCAGCACUAAUGUUCUGAUGCUGUUCAUGAUGUCGAUCUCUGCUGUGCUGGCUCUUUUCUCUCGACGCAAGGGCCCGAUGUUUGUGCUGCCGUUUGUGCUGAUGAUGUUCGUGGAGUUGAGUCUGAGUUUUCUCUGGCUGUGUGAUGGAGCCUGGAUUCUGCCAGGGAUCCCCACAUACAAAGAAGUGCUGCAGGCUGUAAAGAGACAGAAAGGAGUCAGUAUGUUGAAUGAGGAGGACAUUGGCCAGUACGCCAUGUUGUACAGUGUGGCCUUUAUGGUGGACGUACUGCUGAAGGUGUAUAUGCUUCAGGUGUCAAUGAGGUGUUUCUACGCCCUAAAGGAAAAAAGGCUUGCUGCCAUCCAUGUUGACACUGGAAAUACGGUGACAGUGAAGCUGCCUUCUUAUGAUGAAGCUCUCAAAAUGAAAGCAGAAGACACACCCCCGAACUAUAAUGAGCCUUAAAAUGAAAUGAAUACGUAUUUCCGGCAUGCUUUUAUGACGCAAACGAAAACAAAAAACCACAAGCACAAAUAUUCACAUGCAUGCUAAAAAACCAGAAGCAACACAUAAACAGACAUGCCUAUGCUUACAUCCUUGCUUUGGCACAAUAAAGGUAAUUAAUGAAUUAA